AGUAGAUGCUAGUAGUUCGCGGCCGGCUCAUCAGUGCGAAAGCAGAGCUGCCACCGAACACUUCACGGCUUCACCUUUGCGAGAUUUGCCAGUAUAUUUUUGUUUCAGGAACAUCGUCGUGCACAUACUGCGUACUUCGCUACGAAGACAUGCAUUUUAUAAAAUUGGUGCUGCCGAUGGGCUUUACUCAAGUUAUCCGAAAUUUUGCAGUUGCAGCAGUAGCCAUGAGCGGAAACGAGAACUACAAGGAGGCGAAAUCUGUUUACGAUUUCACCGCAAAGUCCAUCAAAGGCGCGGAGGUUCCUCUAGUAAAUUACAAAGAUCACGUGUGCUUGAUCGUAAAUGUGGCGUCGAAAUGCGGUUUAACGGCAACGAACUACAAAGAAUUGAACGAGCUUUACGAUGAGUAUGGCGAAUCUAAAGGCCUACGAAUUUUGGCAUUCCCUUGCAACCAGUUUAAUGGACAGGAGCCAGGAGGCAGCGACGAAAUAUGCAGCUUCGCCGACCGACAAAAGGUAAAGUUUGACCUAUUCGAGAAGAUCGACGUGAACGGCGAUGACGCACAUCCGCUGUGGAAAUAUCUGAAGAAGGAGCAGGGAGGAACCUUGGGCAACUUUAUCAAGUGGAACUUCACGAAAUUCAUCGUUGACAAGGAUGGCAAAGUGGUGGAGAGACACGGUCCCAACGUGGAUCCGAGCAAGCUGAAAAGCCAUCUUGAGAAAUAUUUCUAAUUUCCGUUAACAUAUAUUUUCUAAGUUUGUGUUGACUUUACACUCGCUAAUCAACGAAAUCGCGUGAACAUGUAAAUUAUUCAUUCUCUUCCGCGUCUCCUACACCAAGAACUCACAUUUAGAUACGUAGUUUCCAAGCUUUCUUCCUGUUCUCAUUACGGAACUGGAAUGUAUCGUGUGACUCGUUAGCCUGCUAAAGAUCUUUUUGUAUAAAUACAAAUGUUCGAUGUAUCUCUCUACGUGUACACGUAAAUAAAAGAUUGCAACACCUGCAAUUUGUAAAACUGUUG